GUGAGUAGAACAGGAGGAGUAGAGGCCCCUUGUGCCUGCUCUGCCAUUAAUGGCUAAUGUAACCUUAAGUUUUAUUUUUGGUUUAAAUACAUGGCAGCUUUCAACCUAGAUAUAUUCAGUAACCCAUAUCUCUCAGGUGUGCACUUUGAGUCCUGCUCCAAAUCCUUCUGUUGAUGACCUGUCAUUGGAGAUGAAACGUUUACUCUGUUUCCCUCUCCACAGAUACUGCCCGAAAGACUAUGUUCAGAAAUAGCCAUUUAUAUUUCAGAUUUCCUCUGUAGAUACGGGACUGGUGCUUGCACAGGGUUCAACCUCUGGACCUGCUAGUUAGCGACAAACUGCUGGAGGAACUUGGUGGGCAUUUCAGGAGGGUCCAGUCCCAAAAUGUCAGCUGUUCAUUUCCUUCUAAAGAUGCCAUCUCCUCUGCAGAGUUCUUCCAGUAGUUUCAUUAUUGCUCCGGUUCCAGUAUGUGUGUUACCCCCUCUGAACUGCUGGUUUGACGUCGGCACUGGACUUCUCUAGAGCUACGGGUUCAGAGCCGGCAUUGGAUUCCCCCUCCGGAGCCGCUGGCUCGGCGCCCGCACUGGAUUCCCCCUCCGGAGCCGCUGGCUCGGCGCCCGCACCGCCUCUGGAUUCAGUGACAUUCCCCGAAAGCGGCUCACCGCUGCCUGACUGAAGUCUGCUAACUCGCUCGUAGACGCACGUCACUGGAGGAGUUUUCCGGGAGAGUAAAGAUGGCAACUCCGGAGUACAGCCUGAAGAGAGUGUUGUGGCAGAUUUUUCUGUCAUGAAUUCCAAAACUUGAAACACUCUAAAAGUAAGAACAUACCAAGGAACGGGGCUUGUGUGAAACCCUUGUAUGAUAGAUCAAGCAACUCAUACUGGAUGACUGCUUGGAAGCAGGAGAAUGGAAGAUACUUAUUCUGGACCAUUACACCACAAGGCUUCUUUCAUCUUGCUGCAAAAUAUCCACACUUAUGGCUGAAAAGAUCACCGUUGUUGAAGACUUACACAAAAUCCGUGAGCCAGUUCCAAACAUGAAGGCUAUCUACUUCAUUACUCCAACAGAAAAGUCUAUAGAUGCACUUAUAAAUGACUUCAGAAAAAAGAACAAGUAUAAAGCAGCUUAUGUUUACUUCACUGACUAUUGUCCUGAUGAUCUCUUCAGUCAGUUAAAAACUACAUGUGCAAAACCCAUAAAAUGUUGCAAAGAAGUUAAUAUUUCCUUUCUUUCGUAUGAAUCACAGGUAUUCAUCUUUGACAUUCCUGAUGCAUUUUCCUCAAUUUAUAGUCCAACGUCAAAAGACAAAAAUAACAUUAUGGAAAUGAUGGCAGAGAAAAUUGCAACUGUGUGUGCAACGUUGGAUGAAAAUCCUGGUGUCCGCUACAGAAGGGAACGUGGAAAUAAUUACAGUUUCACUGAAAAUAAUGCAGAGUAUCUUGCAAAUCUGGUAGAGGAAAAGCUGGCAGAACAUUAUAAACUAGCUGAGGACUGCAAUAUAAAGGGUAAAACACAGUCACAGCUUCUGAUAAUUGACCGUGGCUUUGAUCCAGUAUCAACACUCUUGCAUGAGCUAACUUUCCAAGCUAUGGCUUAUGACUUGGUUCCAAUUGAAAAUAACAUUUAUAGAUAUCAAAUAAAAGAAGAGUCAACAUCCAAAGAGGCUCUUUUAGAUGAGGAUGACACACUCUGGAUAAAUUUGCGGCAUCUACAUAUUGCAGAAGUUAGCGAGAAAAUACCAAAAUUGGUAAAGGAACUUGCCAAAAGUAGCAAGACAACAGAAGGAAAAGUCACCGUAGGUUCUUUAUCUCAAAUGAUGAAGAAGUUGCCUGCUUUCCGAAGACAAAAGGCUAAGCAAACAGUCCACCUGACUCUAGCUGAAGAUUGUAUGAAGCGUUUCCACGGGAUGGUAGAAAAACUGUGCAAGGCCGAACAGGACCUGGCUGUUGGGACAGAUGCACAAAGCCAGAAAAUUAAGGACCCCAUGAGAAUCAUUCUGCCUUUUUUGCUGGACAAAAAUAUUGGAGAUUAUGAUAAAUUAAGGAUCAUCUUGCUCUAUAUCUUCCAUGUAAAUGGAACGACGGAAGAGAAUCUUGGCAAGCUCAUCCAGCAUGGAAGAGUUGAAAAUAACUCUGACAUCAUUGAAAACUGGAAAUUUCUUGAUGUACCCAUUCUCUCUUCUAACACCCAGCAACGUAAACCUGUGCGUAAGGAUCGCAGUACCGAGGAGAACUACCAGCUUUCCAGGUGGACUCCCUUCAUUAAAGAUAUCAUGGAGGAUUCCAUUGCCAACAAGCUUGAUUCCCAUGAAUGGCCUCAUUGCUCGGGCUGCAGUGCUGCUUGGAAUGGCUCAGGAGCUGUAAGUGCUCGACAGGGGAACAAAAGCAAUCUCCAUGAUGACCGCAGAAGUGGUUUAAAACUAAUUGUAUUUGUAAUAGGUGGUAUAACGUAUUCAGAAAUACGCUGUGCUUAUGAAGUUUCUAAGGCCAAUAAGCUUUGUGAUGUCAUUAUUGGGUCAACUCAUAUUCUUACACCCACAAGAUUACUUGAUGAUCUGCAGAAGCUGAACAAGUAAAAGUGCCACACGAGUUAAAGUUGGCCACUUGUAUCAAUUGCACUUAACGUAAAUAACAAGAGCUUAACAUCCAUGUAAUGAAACUUUGUCUAAAGUAUUUUGAUAAACAAAGUACACAACAUAUAUUGAUCAGUUCAAGGAUUCUAAUUUAAUUACACUAUUAAUACUGUAAUGAAUCUUUUGGGAGAGUCGAUAUUGGUAAAGUAUUUCUGUUUUGACUUAUUGCCUGUAAAUCAGUGAGGAUACCAUACUCUGACCCGUAAUUGGUGAUCACUAGUAAUGCAUAUGUAUUUUUAAAACGUUGACUAUAUAAGAGUCUUUUCAGAGUAAUGUUGCUUAUAGGCUUUGUACAUUUUAUAGCUAUGUUUUGAAUAUAUUGCCCACAAUAUACUGUAUAUGUCUAACUUAGGAAUUGAAUAAAAUUGUAACAUUUUCAACUUAGUUAUUAAAUCUUAUAUUCUAUCUAAUAUUGCAUUGUAAAUGUUUUUGCAAAAGCAUUUAAGCCUUAUCAAAACUAGGAAUGUACUUUAGGUAAACAUUUUUGAAAAGAAUUAUAUUAAACAAAUUUGCCACUUAAAGUGCAGUUGCAUUCUGAAAUACUUCACUGUAAUCAGAGAAUAAUGAGUAUGGUCUUUUGCAAUGAAGUACCUAUAAGCAAUAAAGGUGUGCCAUCAUGUUCCUUUAUGGUGCAAUGCAAAUCUUACCCUUCAGGUGCUAAUCCAGGAAGAUAGCAACCAACAUGUGCAGUUUUCCUUCUCUGAGGUGUACUAAUGUGACUUGUGUGUAGAGCCAAAAUAAGAGGCUGGAAAAGAUACUGGCUGUGUAUUGAGACGAUUUGCAUAGGCAUGUUUCAACUGUCAUUUUUUUUGUUUAGCUAUGAAAUAUAUGUAACUGGAAUAUUUUCAGCAUUGAAUAGUUUCAGCAUUUUGUUGUGCAGAAUGCCAACUACCAAGCACUGUAUGUAUUCUGACAAGCUAAUAAAUUAAAUGCUGCA